CGCAAGAUGUAUCGCUACCGUCCAUUGAGCCGAAUAUUGUGGCAGAGGCCGCUGCCCUCUUUCAACCGCCGUUUUAUAUCCACCCAGACAAGCAAAGCGCCGCACCAGGACCAAUCGCUCCCCCCAGGAUGGGAAGAUGAAGCUCCCUCACUCACAGACUUCACGGAGCUGCCGCACAAGGAUUUUGGGAAGAACCAGUUGGUGCAUACGAAUGAGGAGUUCAAAAGAUCACUGAGGGGCAUCCUGAGGCAGUUCCCUCCCAUCACGUAUGCAUUCGCAUAUGGCUCCGGCGUCUUUUCGCAGUCGGCUGCGACAGCUACGCGCUCGACGCAGUCACCGCACCCCAACCCUCCCGAGGCGGUACUGAACUGGCAGAAGGGCGGUGGGAAGAUGAUCGACUUCGUCUUGACGUCGAAGUUCUCGCAACACUUCCAUUCACUCAACCUGCGCGAGCACCGAGACCACUACUCCUUUCUCGGGUCAUUGGGUUCAGGUGUCGUCAGUCACGUUCAGGAAGCUUACGGCGCUGGGGCAUACUUCAAUCCCUAUGUUAUAGUGAACGGGACAAUGAUCAAGUACGCAGUCGUCAACUUCGAUACGCUCCUCCGCGAUCUGACCAACUGGGACACUUUGUACUUUGCCGGACGUCUCCACAAACCCUGCAAGAUCCUCUUCGAAGAACCCAAUAUCCGCGUUGCAAACCAGCGCAACCUCAUCUCCGCCGUACGAUGCUCGCUGCUACUACUCCCGCCAACAUUCACCGAGAAAGAAUUAUACUCCACAAUAACAGGCUUGAGCUAUCAGGGCGAUCCACGCAUGCAGUACGGCAGUGAAAAUCCCAAGAAGAUCGACAACAUUGUCACGAACCAGAUACAAAACUUCCGCUACCUCUAUCAUGAUCUGAUCAUGUCGUUACCAAACAUUCAAUACACAGACGUCCAGCAAACUGCCAAGUCAGGAUGGAUGGAGGACACCAAUCUCGACUUGAAAAUCACACAGGAUAUGGAUCCCGAGCGCCGCGCCAACAUGGUGCGACGGCUACCCAAAAGUUUUCGUGAGAAGGUGUACUUCCUCUACCAACGUAAGUUUGGUAUUCCAGGGCGUGAGUACAAGGCAAUGCUGGAGGCGAGCAAGGACGAAGACGACAAGGGUAGUGUGAGGAAACAGGUUGGUGGUGCGUUUGACAAACGGAUAGCAGCGGAGAAAGAUCUGCCGCAGAUGGUCACGAAAGCAAUCAAUCAGACUGUCAAGUGGCCAUCGACGGUCCAGAGCUUGAAAGGGUUGCUAACAGGGGGUCCACAGAGGUCGUGGCGGUAUCUGCAGGAGAAGAGGGAGAAAGCCAAAACAAAAUGAGUGGGGUGGUGAGGGUCAGUUGCUGUCCUCUGUGACAAGCUUUUCCAGGCAGUCAUUUCUUUUGUACUACUACCAAAAAGCGUGAGCGAACAAGCUGCAAAAUAUACUUGGAUCGGUCUAUAUUCCCAGGGCAAUUAUGUCGAUUUCAAGUCGCCCUGGGAAGGCAUACGCGUCAGGCUUGUUAGUUUGAGCAAACCAAAGACCGCUAGACCUGGGAAGCGAGCAAUGUACGACCGGUGCUACUGUGUAUGCCCACACAUGCCCCUAGGCUGUACAAAAUCCAUUACUUGCUAGAGAACUCGCUUCACUUCAACCCCUGUCUAGCCCAAAAAAAAGACAGUCAACCGAAUUUGUACUGUAUCAAUGCACUUGAAAAACUGGGUUGGCGAAAACUUAUCAAGAGGUCUCGGCCUCAUAAACCAAAAGG